AUGGAUUAUUCUUAUGAUUCUCGUCACUUCAACUCGAUGCAGAUAUCACCAGACCAGGGCGAUCCAAAGCCUCAUACCCCAUCACAAUCUGAAUCAGUCCCACUUCCAAUGGAUCUCCCCGAUACGGUCCCCUUCAGUGUACAUGACUGGGCAAGGUGGAAGUCCCAGCCGGCCUUCUACUCCUCUCCUCGCCAAUAUGCCGGCUAUGGUUCUCCCCGUGAUUCUGACGCCGAGCCGCGCAGCUGGAACCAGUUACCCCAGGAAUUCAUGGGGGAACCAACUGGAUACCCUGAUCAGUACCGCCCACACUUGGCCAUCCCCAUGGCUGAUACAUCCGAGGCACUGCCCUCCCAUUCUGAAUGUCAGUGUCACCCAGGGUGGCCAGUCAUGGACUCUGGUCAUGAAUUCAAGAGCCAGACAUACGACUUUGCGACACACUUGGAUCCUAUUCAACCACUCCAGAGCUCUCCACCCUCCCCAUUGUCUGAGAUCUCCUCGUACCACUCACCACAAUCACUGGCUGCUGCGAGCCCUUCCAUGACAGCCCACUCCACUGAUCGACUGUCACCGCGUUUGAGCACCGCUGAACAGAAACAGGAGCGGUCAGGCCACCUCCCCUAUUCCGCUCUGAUUUACAACGCAUUGAAGGCGGCCCCAGGCAACAAGCUUCCCCUGCAAGGUAUCUACAAUUGGUUCCAGGAAAAUACCGACAAAGGCGCGGAUCCCAGUGAAAAGGGCUGGCAGAACAGCAUCCGCCACAACCUUUCAAUGAAUGCCGGCUUCGAGGCAGUCAAGGAAGAGCCCAAACCUGGCGAGAAACCAGUGAAUCUGUGGCGAUUGACACCAGAGGCAAUCCGGAAAGGCUGCAUCGAAUCAACCACCCGCUACCGCAAGCUCCAGAACCAGAGGAAGGCACAAUACGCUGCCAACCGUGCACCUCAGCGUCAGUCAACGGGGAAGGGGAACCACACGAUGAAAGUGGUCAAAUCACGCAGCGCCAACAGUCCGCAUGGCGAGCGCAACGAUGCAUUCCAUCAACAAAUCAUGACGGAAGAAUACGGUCCCACGAGCCUUCCAAGCAUGCAGCAGUACAUGCAACGCCCCAUGGGCACAGUUGUUGGAUGUACAAGUAUGGUGCCAGACACCAAUGCAGUCUUCCUUGACCCGCCAGCGCCUACAUUUGCCAUGGGUAAUGGUUUACCGGGUUGGUAUCCUACAGAAUCAGGCUCCAACAGGGUUCAGGACCAGCCCGAAUACAUGAUCCAUGGUCAAUACAAUCAUGAGCGCUGA